CUUCUCACCUUUUCAUUCUUUAUUGCAGAAAUUGAAGUGCCAUCGUGGACUUUGUCAGUCAGCAACAUAGAAUCGACAAAGGCUGAGGCAUCAUGGGAAGAGUUUCCACAAAACGCUAUGCCUGCACACAUUGAACAAAUGUUUCUGAAGAUCUCAGAGGCAAAUAAAAACAUCUCCCUGUUACUGCCAGUUUCCGAAUGGGACAGAUCUCGGCAUAUAGACAACCUUUACCCGGAUCGAAAAUACCUGUUACAAGUUGUGGCAUUCACAGGGCCAGGCAUUGAACAUGACAUAUAUUCGAGCGAUAGUGUCUCCAUGAAGACGAAUGAAGGAGCUCCCAGUAUGGCACCGCCGAACGUACGCGUCGAUAACUAUCAUCAAAACAGUAUUAUAGUGCGAUUUGAGGCACUUCCUGAGAGUCAACAUGGCGGUGAUCUGCAAGGAUAUAACGUGUAUUACAAACGUGAGGAGGACCGGCAUGAUCACAACUACCAGGGAGAGAAAGUCACCAUCGGUCCGUCAGAAACACAGGCUGUUAUACACGGAUUAGAAAUAAUGGAAGAGUACUAUGUUUGGGUUUCUGCAUUUAACAGCGAGGAGGGACCACUCUCUUACCCACAAUCAAUUGUAGUUGGUUGUGGUGGCAUGUUCAAUCAAACAGCUGCACUGAUAACAAUUUCCAAAUCAGACUGGGAUACGAGGCAUUGCGUCUGGAAAAUACACGAUAAUGGCUUGGAAAAUGCUGUCUUGUUGAUGUCAGUACACGUCCUGCAUUAUGAAUCUUGCGGCUACGAAUACGCAAAAGUUUACUCAGAAGAAAAUGACUUCUUAAGUUAUCAAGACUGCUCAGAAGUUAGAGGUGAAGUAUUCGAAUUGCCUUUUGGAAAUUCAAGGGUUAUUAUCUCCGAGAUUCUCAUACAGAAUAGCAACAGCUACAUGGAAACUGAAUUGAUUGUUUUGAACGGAGGACUUCAUUCAGCCCAAUCUUCACCUGCUCUCUGGAACAUAUCUGUAUACAGCACAGGAGACAGUGGCAUCGCAUUGGAUUGGUAUGGCUACCCCCCCGACCUGGACAUCGCUUUCUUCAUACUGUCUGUAAACCAAACAACGAUUAGCCCAUAUUACGACGAUCACGACGAUGACGAUCGACAGCUACUGCGCAUUCUUAGAACUUUUAACUCAUCAGAGUCGACUUUUAUCAUGAAGGAACUCCCAGCGGCGACGGAGUUUGCAGCAGUAGUUUACAUCGUAGACAAGAAUAAUGAAAUCAUCAAAAGCGAGCGAAGAACUUUUGGUACAGAAGAGGGAGUGCCAACCGAGGGUCCUCAUGUACAUGACUGGUCUACAAACACAGCUGAACGCAGCGCCUCGUUUCAAAUCAGUCCCUUGGAAGAAAGAUAUCACGGAGGCCAAUUACUUGGUUAUAUCAUUAAAUAUGCCCCAUUGGGUGGUCCAAAUAAUUCAGAAAUAUUGCUCGAGGUAGACGUAGAUACGAGGAGAGUCAACCUGGUCAAUCUAACCGAAGGACCGACAUAUAUCCUUGCCAUUGCUGGAUUCACUAGCAAAGGAGAGGGCAAGCAGCGAAUCUAUGCAAUAACUUUUUGUGGUCGCAUAAUUGAGGAACUUGACACAGAAAUUCAAAGUCCUAAUUAUCCUAGUACUCCAUACAUUGCACCUGACCAACAUGAUGAAAACCCGCAAUGCUACUGGAAUAUGAGACCUGCAGAUCCCAACGUAUCGGCCAUAUUGAUCACAUUCGACGACUUCCUAAUUGGUCGUAGAGAAGACUGGGGUGGAUGCAGUGGUGGAGUCAAGUUUUACUUUCCGGGCCAAUCGGAGCAUGAUGAUAGUACUGGACUCGUACUUUGCGGAAGGAUAGAGAACCUAACUCUUCUUAUAACGGAUAAUGUGUUGAAUCUGAAAGCGUGGGGAUUUGGCUACCAUCGAUACGACGAUGAUUAUCGAGACGGAACUAGAUUUCUGUUCGAUUACAGAGCAGUACCUGGCGAACUCACCACGGUGAUAGGUGAGGAGAUAAGUUCGUGGAGUGUAGCUCAGAUGUCAGUUACCAACGUAUCAAUCACUCUGUCAUGGCCCAGUCCUCCAGCCAGCUUUCUUGGAGAUUCUGCUGUAGAGAAAUACCUUGUUAUCUACGGAUGGCCAAACAGAAAACUAUUUGGAACACAGUGGUUACCUGCAGAACAGCAGAAUACGACAAUCGAUUGGUUGGAUCCUCUCACAAAUUAUACCAUCAAAGUGACCGCCAUAUUAGAAGAUAGAACACGUGGUAGCAUAAGUUGGCAAGAUUUUCGAACAACAGAAGGGGUUCCAUCUCAGAACCCGUACAUUUACUGGUAUAGUGUUGUCGAUUACAGUACAAUUUGGAUUAAGUGGCACAGAGUCGAAGAUCGUUACAUUCGUGGUACUCUGCUUGGAUAUCGGGUUCACAUCUUAGAGGCCGAAUAUCACCAUGGAUCGCAACCGUACAAAAGAGAAAUAACCAUCAAUGACCCAGAUCAAUUUGAUUUCAACAUCACCGGCCUUCCACCAGCAACCAGAUUCCGAAUAUGGGUGGCUGCAUUUACAUCCGUUGGAGAGGGAACCCAGAGACAUGAACAAUGGAUUAAAACAAUUCCAUCUCAGAACCCGUACAUUUACUGGUAUAGUGUGGUCGAUUACAGUACAAUUUGGGUCAAGUGGCACAGAGUCGAAGAUCGUUACAUACGUGGUACUCUGCUUGGAUAUCGGGUUCAUAUCUUAGAGGCCGAAUAUCACCAUGGAUCGCAACCGUACAAAAGAGAAAUAACCAUCAGUGACCCUGAUCAAUUUGAUUUCAACAUCACCGGCCUUCCACCAGCAACCNGGUGA